GAAAAAGGAUUUCCAAUGGACAGAUGACUCAUGUGAAGAUGUUCUGAUUACAUGUACUGUACACUUAUGGAGUUGUAUUACUAGUUGUUGGAGUUUUGCAAGCCAGACUCCAGAGCGCCCUGAAUAUUCCUCAGAUUCUCCUCCUUCACCAACAUGUUAAAUGAUGCCUCAUACAGCCAGUGGUGGACAGUAACGAAGUUGAUAAAAUCAAUUAAAGCUCCAGUAUUAAUAACCAUCAGCGAGGUCUUGGCAGCUGAUUGCCUCAAGCUCCCCCCGUAAACCAAGGCUGCGUCUUCCCCAAUGACUCAGGCACGCAUCGGUGCUUUUCAUCGCUUCAUAAGACAAUAAAACUUUGUGCUGGGAAUGAUGAAAGGAAGCGAAAUGGCUUUGACCAGAGCCUGCUGUGCACAAUGCGUCACACAGUGAGUCCUGUAACCUGUUGGAUUCCAUUUGAACCCGUUCGUCUUGGUGUCUUCUGUGAAGAAGCCAUGAAGACCCCACUCUGGACCUUUCUGUUACUGAGUUUGUGUGUGCCGGGUCGCAGCGACUGCCAAGGGGAGUGUUUAACCUGUGCACUGCUCCUGCCUCAACAGCAAGCCUUCAACACCCUUCAGGUGUGUCUGCUGGAGUGUGAGGCCCAAGCGUCCCCGGCUCCCACUUGGGAUCUGUGUGAUCGGGCAGUAGGUUCGAACUCCGUGGCCCUGCCACCAGAAGAAAAUGCCGUGUCAAAGCGUGCAGAGGCUGAAAUGGAAACAGUGGAGCCGCUGGCCAUGGUGAGCAUGGAGGAUGACGGAAGCGUGGAGUUCUCGGAAGCACUGGAACAAUUCCGCCAUGCAGCACAAGCCCUGGGGGCCUCCUAUGGCCCACAGCCUGACUCCAGGCUGGAGGAGGAAGUGGGGCAGGGACAAAAUGUGGUUGCUGAGAACGAGCGUGAUGACCCCCACGACCUAGAUUUAUCCAAACGCUUUGGCGGCUUCCUCAAGGGCCGCCAUGGCUUCCGGAAGCUGGUGGGCUCCGGCAGAUCCCUGCAGAAGCGUUAUGGUGGCUUCAUAGGGAUCCGCAAGUCGGCCCGGAAGUGGAACAACCAGAAGCGAGUGAGCCAGUUGCUGAGGCAGUACCUGAGCCUCACUUCCCGCUCAGGCCGCUCAGGCCGCUUCAACAACCUCUCCAUCGCCGGAGUCCGACAAAAGAACGAAGUCUGAGCCCCUACAAACCGGCGCUGAUCCCUCCCCUAUACCUCUUUCAUGUACCGCAACCCAAGACAUGUUAAAAAUAUUCCAAGAUAGUGUGUUGAUAUCCACUGAGGAAUGUUUUUUCUUUCCUUCUCCACCAUUGACAUUUUCAUGAAGCAGUAAACUUUUGUGACCAAACUGAGUUCAAGCUCGUUAUGCUCAUCAAAAAUUGAAAACUCAACAGGCUGUUUGUUUUGAAUUUUCAGCAGCUGACAUUCUUAAUGUUAAUUUUAACCUAAUGGUAAAAAAUUGAAAAGUGAGCUUCUCAUUUGUUCUGAAUUUUCAGCAACUGCCACUCUUAAUAAGUUCAAUCUAUUCUUAUUAAGUUUUAACCAUUGCAAAAAUAAAAGCACUGCACUGAAACUUCCCCCGAGCAUGUGCGUCAGUAUCAUGGAGCUCUGGAUGUAAAAGAGUGGUCGCAGAGCACCAAGAACGUCUGCUUCUGUGAAUGACGUGAGAGAGAAAAGCACUUUAUCUUUUAUCUUCCUUAUCAAUUUAUCAUUAUUGCACAUUUUUAGUGGCACUCAGUUUAGGUUAUCUUGCACACAAGGAUGCCCAUGCCAUUCAAGAGUCCGAGUACAGCCAUCAGAUUGAUGGAUGCUUAUCUUCCGUAUUGUUUUAUUUAUUUCUUUUAAAUCGCUACACAUUAGCUCACGUCUCAUGUCAUGCGCUACAUGAUAAAUGAGUUAAGGAUAAACACUGUAUGUUACCCAGGGAGCCAUUUUAGACAGUGUGGAGUCUUAUUUCACUGGGUCUUUUUGAGCAAACACUUACUCCAUAGAGCAAUGCUGCCCUCUAGAGUUCACACAAGUUAUCUCUAAGUUUUUUCCUCCUUUUCUCUUUAAGCUUAGGCCAGAUUCCAUUCCCUUGGAUACCUGUGUUGCACAUACACUUACGGGCCACUUAUGAGUUCCACCUACCUUGUAGGUCCACUAUUUAGGUGUGCAGUUAUGACUGCAGCCCAUCUGUUCAUGCACAAUGGUAGCCCUUCUCCACCUGUGGUGACCAGAUGCUAUUUGGGUGGUGGACCUUUCUCAAGAACAGCAAGAACACAUGGCAGUGGUAUAGUGCGGUGUAGAGCUGGGCUAUAUGGCAAUUUUUAUCGUUAUUGUGAUAAAUUGUCACACUGUGUCACAAUAUGGUUUUCCAAGCAUAUCAUGAAUAUCUUCAGUACUAGUAGAAAACUGAACUGCAUGUUUUGUUUCAGAGAAUCAUUAGUCCUAUUUCACGGGAUUUAGUGCAGUGCAAUGUGUCAAAUGUUGAAUAAAAUUCAUUCUUUUUUGUCCAUUUCAACAUCAAAUGUCCGGAAAAAUAAAUAUAGUGGCAAAUUUCUUGAAGUAUUGUGACUGUGUAUUUUUGCCAUAUAGCCCAUUCCCAAGUGUGGUAUGAGUCCAAGGCCCAAUCCCAUUUCUUCUCUUUUACCCCAACCCCUUGUUUUCGAGUGUCACUCUAACGCCUUGGAAAUGAGUUGCAAGGGGUAGGGGUUGAAAUCUUGCCCUACGAAAUGGGACAAACCGCAAAUAAAAAAACAAAAAACAAAAAACACACAUUACUCCAUUAACAGCUACUAGCGCUGCUCUGUGGGCGACCCUGCCCGUCUUCAGUGACAGCAGAUGAGGGUAAAGUUCGGCUCCUCACUGUUGGGCUUUAGUUACAUUUAAAGCAUCAUAUGUUUUCAAAGAGGGGGGCAAUUAUUUAUUAUCGCCCACUGUUAAUUCUUUGGUGAUACGAAGCUGAAGUCAGAUAUUCACCAGCUUCUUGUUCGAGUUUUCCCGUUCCACCUUAAAUGGUGCAGCAGUUACAUGCUGGCGCUCCAGGCAUCAGAACUGCUGGACUAUUUAAGGUGGAAUGGGAAAGUUAGCUAGCCAGCUACCGAGAUAUUAGCAUGCUGUAAGUGAUUUUUUUAUGCUUGUUAUGAAGAAAACGACCAUAAUACACUGAAACGACAUUAAACUAAGAUAAAACAAUGGUUAUCAUGAUUUUUAACAGUGAAAAUUCUCACAUUGUGGGUUUCUUCGGUCGCUCGCACAGCCAUCUUGAUGGUUUUGUUUUCUUCUUCUUCUUAUAAUACAGUUUGGAGUGAGUCUCUGAAAAACCUCUGCUUGGAGGACCAUGUAGACCUAACACUUCACCCUACCACUCUAUCUCAACAAGAAUAGGGACACCCUACCCCUAGACAUGAACUCGCAAAACAGAGGGCUAAGGGCUAAGUGGUAGAGGCCAGGGGAGAAAUGAGCUUGGGCCUAAAUAACAGUAACAGUGAUGUUGAAGGGAUUUCCUCCAGUUUGAGAGCAGCCCACCACUCAAAUAUAUCCAUCCAUUAGCCACUCUGGGUUCAGACACUGAGCACUGAUGGACGACCAGAAGACACAAACUGCAACAACUGCGCUCUUUAUACAAGAUGGGUGUUUCUAUUCAAGUGGCCAGUGAGUGGAAAUUAGGUUUUGUGUUUUUGUCUAUCACCAUAAACAGAAAAGAGCAUGAUCUUAGAUCAGUGGUCAGCACAUACUGUGAGAUUUUUUUGUGAAAAACAUUCUGGUCAAACCUAAUUCGAUAGUGAGGCUCACAGCAACAUCUAACAGAUGAAUUCUGCAUGUCUUCUACAUACUUACCUUUUACUUGUGCACAUAUGCAAAUUGGAUUUCUUCAAGUGUUUGUUUCCUUCAUUCUUGUAUUUGUUUGAGAAAGUCACAAAGUCACAGUUCCUACUUUUUUUGACCUUUGGAUGUGGUCUUUCAAGAGGCAAACAAGGAAUGGGCAUAAAGCUGUGAAGUGUCCAUUACAGUAUUCUUCAUUUAUGUGUUGUUUUGGCUUUGUGAAUGAUGUAUAUUUAAAAACACGUUACAGUUUGGCUUUGUGAAUGAUACACAGUUCAAACAUAUAUUGCAGUUCUUUUUUCCAAAGUACACUUUUGUUUUAGACUGUCCAACUUGUACAUAAAAUGCACACAAAUACCAAUAAAAUAGUUUACUAUUUCUCUUGUGAUUUGUCAUGCAACGAUCAGAUUCUCAUAUUUGCAUAUUUUGUAGUGUGUUUGUUGUCAUGUUUAACCAUCUCUUGUCAGCAGCAUCCAUGUUUUUUGAAUGUUCCCAAAAGUUUGAUCUGUUA